AUGCUUCACUCCAUCAUCGCCGCUCUUGCGCUCCUGAGCUGCCUUGCUCAGGGGCAGCUUUCUGGCAAGGUAGGGCCUACCACAACCUUCGCAGCCAAAGCAGCAAACAAAGUCUGUAACGUCCUGGAUUAUGGCGCCAAAGCUGACGGAACGACCGAUCUCGGCCCAGCUCUCACAAGCGCUUGGGCUGAUUGCAAGAAAGGCGGCCUAGUCUACAUCCCCCCGGGUACCUUUGCUAUGAGUACAUGGGCGUCCCUCAAAAGUGGUCAGGGAUCAGCGCUACAGCUUGAUGGCAUCAUCCAAAGGACGGGCACUGCUGGUGGCAACAUGAUUUCCUUCCAGGGCUGCGAUGACCUCGAGAUAUUCAGCGGCAACUCCAAAGGUGCAAUGCAGGGCUUCGGAUACCAAUUUAUUUCGCAAGGAAACUAUGGCCCUCGCUUUAUACGUUUAACGGAUGUGACAAACUUCUCCAUGCACGGAUUUGCACUCAUCGACUCGGCUUCAUACUACUUAGUUUUCGACAGUUCCAGCAACGGGGAAAUAUAUAACAUGAUCCUACGGGGCAUCAGCAUAGGCGAGACCGACGGUAUUGACAUCUGGGGCAAUAAUAUCUGGGUCCACGACGUGGAAAUCACCAAUGGAGAUGAAUGUGUCACAAUCAAGUCGCCAGCCAAGAACAUCCUCGUCGAAGACGUCCACUGCAACAUCAGUGGCGGCUGUGCAAUCGGUUCCCUCGGCCUUGGUACACAGAUCUCUACUGUGCAAUAUAGGAAUAUCUACCUUAACCAAGCCGAUGGGGCGUAUGUCAAGACAAACGGCGGCAACGGCACGGUAGACUCGAUCAUCUGGGAAAACAUCAUCAAUAAUGGCGGUGCAUACGUCUUGGCUGUCAACGAAGCCUGGGGAAAGGACAACGGCGGGGUGGGCGUCCAACUCAGCAAUCUUACAUUCAGGAACUGGCAUGGCUACAACAGUGAUUCCAAGCGCCCAACGAUCAGACUGCAGUGCGACGACUCGGUCCCCUGCCACGACAUCACCGUGGAUAACGUCAAUCUUUGGACUAGCGACGGCAGUAAGCAGGUAACCUGGGUAUGCCAAAGCGCCUACGGUACUGGAGCUUGUCUGCGCAAGUCAGGUACUGCCUCGUACGCCGCCAGCUACACGACGAUCAGUACGGCGCCAGCCUAUGCCGCAGCGACCAUGGCGAACGAUCUCAAGAGCCCUUUUCCCAGCACGACAUCCUUCACGAUUCCCCCUGUUCCAACCACAUUCUAUCCUGGAAAAGCACCAGCCUCUACCCUCCUUAGCCUGUCAGGACCUGGCCGCCGCUGA